AUGAGCAACAAGGCUGACUCAAUGGACGGCGGCAAAGCAGCGUUCAGGAAGUAUUUGGAGGAGCAUGGAGUUAUUCGUCAGCUCACCCGUGUACUCGUUGGGCUUUAUGAAGCUCCUGAAAGGCCACUGAAUGCACUCGAUUAUAUCAAGUGUCACCUCGGAGCCCCAACAAGCGUUGAGGUAGAAGCUCUCCGCUCUGAAGUACAGAACCUAACACGGGAAAACGCCACACUUAAAGGCAAGGUGGAGAAUCUACAGCAAGAGAUUGCAGUUUUACAGCGAGAGCUUGCAGAUUAG